AUCCGCUCACCGCCCACGUCACCUCAGAUUCCCACGAGGAGUUAACGGGCCAUUUGCUUUCGGUGAUCUCAAGGACGGUGACCACAUGCGCACGCACUCAUCCUCUUCGCAUAUCACACUCGAUCCUGAUAAAAGACGCCAUCCCUCGAACCUUCUCCUGUCGAUACCAUUUCGAGCUCCGACUUCCCUCUUCUCCAUGGCCAUCGUCCGUGAGCGAAGGCUCCCCCACCUCAACCUCACCCUCGAGAUCCCCGACCCCGCUUCCGCCUCCGGGUGCGGCCUUCGAUUUCCCCUUCCGCCGCCGCCGCCGACGACGACGAUGAUUCCGUGCUCCACGUCUUCUUCCUCGUCCGCCCCCGCCCCCGCCCCCGCCCCGUCGGCCGAGUUCCGGAUCUCGGACUUCGAGAAGCUCCGGGUCCUCGGCCACGGCAACGGGGGCACCGUCUACAAGGUGCGUCACCGCCGCACCGCCGCCGUGUACGCCCUCAAGGUGGUGCACACGGAUGCCGCCCUCCGCUGCCAGGUGUACCGCGAGGUCGACAUCCUCCGCCGUGUGGCUGAAUCCAACCACGUCGUCCGGUUCCACGCCGUCGUCCCCACCCCCUCCGGCGACGUUGCUCUCCUCCUCGAGCACAUGGACGGCGGGUCCCUGGACGCCCUGCUCCGCCGCCGGCCGUUCCCGGAGCCCGCCGUCGCCGCUAUCGCUCGCCAGGCCCUCCUCGGUCUGGCCGAGCUCCACUCCCGCAACAUCGUCCACCGCGAUAUCAAGCCUGCCAACCUCCUCAUCAACGCCGCCGGCGAGGUCAAGAUCGCGGACUUCGGGGUGGGCAAGGUGCUCCGGCGGUCCCUCGACCCCUGUGACUCCUACGUGGGCACGUGCGCCUAUAUGAGCCCGGAGCGGUUCGACCCGGAGUCGCACGGCGGCGACUACGACCCCUACGCGGCCGACGUGUGGAGCCUGGGCCUGGCGGUGCUGGAGCUGCACCGAGGCCACUUCCCGCUGCUCCCGGAAGGGGCGCGCCCCGACUGGGCGACGCUGAUGGUGGCGAUCUGCUUCGGGGAGGCAGCGCGGGCGGUGACGGAGAGGGCGGCCUCGGGAGAGUUCCGGGGGUUCAUCGAGUGCUGCCUGCAGAAGGAGAGCGGGAAGAGGUGGUCAGUGGCGGAGCUGCUGGGGCACCCCUUCGUGGCGGGGGCGGACGGGGCCGAGUCGGAGCGGGCGCUCCGGGACCUGCUGCGGGAGGACUCGGACGAGUCGUGACUCGCCCCCCCGGGGGGUUGUCGUUUCCUGUGUGCAUAGUGGUGGACGGCUGCUCCUACUCCCCCAACUUCCGAGUUGCCCCACUUUGUCUUUUCCUCUAUUAGUUACGCGAUUUAGUUAUGUUUAGGUUUACUUUAAUGUGCGUUCGGUGGCGGAAGUGCGUUGUUGGCUCUGCAGUGAACUACGCUGGAGGUUAGUUUUGGAUUAAUAAUGUUUCCAUGUCA